AUGGAGCGCGGGCCGCCCGACGGGCUGAUGAACGCGUCGGGCGCUCUGGCCGGAGAGGCGGCGGCUGCAGGCGGGGCGCGCGGCUUCUCCGCUGCCUGGACCGCUGUCCUGGCUGCGCUCAUGGCGCUGCUCAUCGUGGCCACAGUGCUGGGCAACGCGCUGGUCAUGCUCGCCUUCGUGGCGGAUUCGAGCCUCCGCACCCAAAACAACUUCUUUCUUCUUAACCUCGCCAUCUCCGACUUCCUCGUGGGUGCCUUCUGCAUCCCAUUGUAUGUACCCUAUGUGCUGACCGGCCGUUGGACCUUUGGCCGGGGCCUCUGCAAGCUGUGGCUGGUGGUAGACUACCUACUGUGUGCCUCCUCAGUCUUCAACAUCGUGCUGAUCAGCUAUGACCGAUUCCUGUCAGUCACUCGAGCUGUCUCCUACCGGGCCCAGCAGGGAGACACAAAACGGGCCGUCCGGAAGAUGGCACUGGUGUGGGUGCUGGCCUUCCUGCUCUAUGGGCCCGCCAUCUUGAGUUGGGAGUACCUGUCCGGUGGCAGCUCCAUCCCCGAGGGCCACUGCUAUGCUGAGUUCUUCUACAACUGGUACUUUCUCAUCACGGCCUCCACCCUCGAGUUCUUCACACCCUUCCUUAGCGUCACCUUCUUCAACCUCAGCAUCUACCUGAACAUCCAGAGACGUACCCGCCUUCGGCUUGACGGGGGCCGAGAGGCCGGUCCAGAACCCCCACCUGAUGCCCAGCCCUCACCACCUCCGGCUCCUCCCAGCUGCGCUCCGCCCAACUGCUGGGGCUGCUGGCCCAAAGGGCACGGGGAGGCCAUGCCAUUGCACAGGUAUGGGGUGGGUGAGGCAGGCCCCGGUGUUGAGGCUGGGGAGGCUGCCCUCGGGGGUGGCAGUGGUGGGGGCGCUGCUGCCUCGCCCACCUCCAGCUCCGGCAGCUCCUCGAGGGGCACUGAGAGGCCGCGCUCACUCAAAAGGGGCUCCAAGCCAUCGGCGUCAUCGGCCUCCUUGGAGAAGCGCAUGAAGAUGGUGUCCCAGAGCAUCACCCAGCGCUUUCGGCUGUCGCGGGACAAGAAGGUGGCCAAGUCGCUGGCCAUCAUCGUGAGCAUCUUUGGGCUCUGCUGGGCCCCGUACACGCUCCUCAUGAUCAUCCGAGCCGCUUGCCAUGGCCACUGCGUCCCUGACUACUGGUACGAGACAUCCUUCUGGCUUCUGUGGGCCAACUCGGCCGUCAACCCUGUCCUCUACCCUCUGUGCCACUACAGCUUCCGCAGAGCCUUCACCAAGCUCCUCUGCCCCCAGAGGCUCAAGGUCCAGCCCCAUGGCUCCCUGGAGCAGUGCUGGAAGUGA